UCCCCUUUCUUUGCCAUUCAUUAGCAGGAGGAGCAGUAGUACAAGUAGGGGACCCAUCCCAGAGCCCCCAGCCGCGGCAGAUGCCAAGAUCGCCCCCAUGGCUGGCAGCAGUCAGCGGCAAUGCCGGCGAGGCGUCUCGGCGGGCGGCGGGGACGAGGACGUGGAGCUCGACGCGGCCAUGGCUCUGGCCGACAUGGCCGGCGCCGUCGCGGGAGCGCCGCCGCAGCCGCAGGCUGAGAGAUCAGGUGCCCAUGGUGAGUCUGAAGAGGAGGAGGCGAGCACGAGGCUGAGCCUGGAGCUGGGCAGGGUCGGCAUCCAGGGCGCCGCCGCAGCCUCGUCGCCCUGCUCCAGCAGCUCCAGCGCCGGCGGUUGCCCCACGCAUCAGCAAGCACUCCCGGCGGUGGCCGCGCCUGGCGCCGGCUACGGCGCCAGGCCCCGGCAUAGCACGCUGACGGAGGCGGAGAAGGAGGCGAAGCGGCUCCGGCGCGUGCUCGCCAACCGGGAGUCCGCGCGCCAGACCAUCCUCCGCCGCCAGGCGAUCCGGGACGAGCUGGCCAGGAAAGUCGCCGACCUGUCGUCGCAGAAUGAGAGCAUGAAGAAGGAGAAGGAGACGGUGAUGCAGGAGUACCUGACGCUGCAGGAGACCAACAAGCAGCUGAAAGAACAGGUUGUCGCCAAGACGGCGGACAGGUCGCCAUCUCCGGUGCCGAUAGCCAUGCCCACGGGCACGGCAGAAGCACCGGCGCAGCGAGCAGAAGCCUCCCAACAAGCGGCGGCGCCACCGCCGCCGCCGCAGCCGGGCUUCCUGUACGCCACAGCAGGACCGUCCUCGGCGCCAGUUCCCGUGCCGUACGUCUGGGGCACCUGGCCGCCGGGGUACGAACCACCGGCCGCCGGCGCGCCGCCGCCGCCACUCUGCCUCCCGCCCAUGGGCGCGUGGUACUACCCCGCGCCGCCGUCCUACGCCGCGCAGCAGUCGUUCGCCGGCGCCGGCGGGAGCCCGGUUGGAUCUGGCGGCGGCGGGACGGCCGGAGAGGAGGAAGACGACACCGACGACGGCGCCGACCCGUGCUCGCUCACGCUGGGGCUGGAAGUGGGCGGCAAUGGCGGCGGCGGCGGGCGCGCGGACAAGGCGGCGACGGCGGCGGAGGCGAGGAAGAGGAGGAAGGAGCUCACCAGGAUGAAGCACGCGCGGCCCGGCGGAGACGAGUAGCUCGGGCUCUGCUCUUCUCUGGCGCCAUUGACGAGUCACGGACAGCUCCACUAUAUUGUUUUCGCGGAGGCGGACGCGGCGCAGCUGAAGCUUAAGCUGAGCUGAUAGCCUGAUGGCUGCUGCCUGCUUCUGAUCGAUCGUUUCAUCUGGUUGUUCACGGUUUUAGCAAAGUUAUUAGGAAGUUAUUAUCGGUCUUUUGUUCUUGAAAUGCUCCUCUUCUGUUUACGAAUUAUUUUGGCAAUCUUCUGUAUACAAAAAAGAAAUGGUAGCAGGCUUGAAAUGUAGCACCCGAUCGAGUCGUGUAACAAUUCAUUUAUGUAGAAUUUCCUUCUAAUCUAAGAUCAGUGUAAUACUUGUCUCAUUGUAUUGGCAACUGAGCUCUACCCGUAU